AGAGGGGCGUGGCCGCCGUGAGGGGCGGCCCAAGAUGGCGGCGCGGCCGUGGCCGCUGCUGCUGCCGCUGCUGCUGCCGCUGCUGGCGGGGCCGGGCCGCGGCCCCAGCGGCUCCUCGGGGCCCGGCCUCGCCGCCGGGUAUUUCCCCGAGGAGCGCUGGAACCCGGAGUCGCCGCUGCGGCCGCCGCGCGUGGCCGUGGCGCUGCUGGCGCGGAACGCGGCCCACGCGCUGCCGCUGGUGCUGGGAGGGCUGGAGAGGCUGCGGCACCCCAAGGACAGGAUGGCGCUGUGGGUGGCCGUUGACCACAGCGUGGACAACACCUCAGCCCUGCUGGCCGAGUGGCUGGGGCGGGUGCGGGGCCGCUACCACCGCGUCUUCUGGAGGCACCAGGAGGAGCCCAGGUCGUUCCCUGACGAGGAGGGGCCCAAGCACUGGAGCCCCGCGCGCUACGAGCACCUGAUGCGGCUGCGGCAGGAGGCGCUGGAGGCUGCCCGGGGCAUGUGGGCGGAUUACCUGCUGUUCCUGGACGCCGACAACGUGCUGGUGAACCCGGACACGCUGGCCGUGCUGCUGGCCGAGAACAGAACCGUGGUGGCGCCGAUGCUGGACUCGCGCGCGGCCUACUCCAACUUCUGGUGCGGCAUCACCCCCCAGGGCUAUUACCGCCGCACCGCCGCCUACCUGCCGAUCCGGCGCCGGGAGCGCCGCGGCUGCUUCGCGGUGCCGAUGGUUCACUCCACGUUCCUGCUGGACCUGCGCCGGGAGCGCUCGCGGGCGCUGGCCUUCCACCCGCCCCCGCCCGGCUACAGCGGCGCCUUCGACGACAUCAUCGUCUUUGCCGCCGCCUGCCGGCACGCCGGGGUGCAGAUGUUCGUGUCCAACCGGCAGCAGUUCGGGUUCCUGCCGGUGCCGCUGCCAUCCCUGAUC